AGUUGUCCGUGAUUGGUCUGUUUUGAAAGCACUCAAGUCGGUGGUUUGGUGCACAGCGCAAGAGGAUGCACUUCUGUCCAACAUGCGGCAACCUGCUCAUGGUCGAGCCCGAUAGCGAUGGCAUGCGAUUCUGCUGCCAGACGUGUCCGUACAUCUUCAAAAUCAACCAAAAGGUGGAGACAAAGGUGCCAUUACAGCGAAAGAAAGUGGACGACGUGCUUGGAGGCGACGAAGCUUGGGAAAAUGUGGACCAAACAGACACGCGCUGUCCAUUCUGCGAGCACACCAAGGCAUACUUUAUGCAAAUUCAAAUCCGCUCUGCAGAUGAACCAUCCACAACGUUUUACAAGUGCACGGGAUGCAAGAAACAAUGGAACGACAAGUAAGGCCAACGGGACAUGGUUCUUUCAACCAACUUCCAUGGAACUUCCCCUUGAAGCACGCGAUCCAGCAUCGUCGACACCAAGACUUCGUUUUACUCGAGUGGCAUUAGAGUAUGCUGAUGUGAAUCGAGGAAUUGAUUUACACUUAAUCGAUCGCGUACACACUGCUACCGCC